AUGAUUAAUAUAAUAUUAUUUCAAUUCUUGAUUAUUACACUUUUUUCUAAUGUACAUAAUGAAAAGAUUUACUAUAAUUUACAUAAAGAAAAUACCAAAAAAACUUUACUUUUCAUAAAAAAAAAUUUUGAAUGUAGGAAAAAAUAUCGUCUUAAAGCAAAAAAAUUUAUUAAUUUUAGAGAUAUACAAAUACAAAGAAUAAAUGAUUAUAGAAAAAGAAGUGGGAAUGAUAAAAAUAAUAUCAACUAUAAUAUAAGGGAUGCUUAUAAUUACCAUGAAAAUCUCCUUUUCGUUAGAAGUGAAGUACUUCCAAAGCUAGCCAAAAUAGAAAAUGAGAAAUUAAAAGAGAGGGAAAAAUUUCGAGAAAUAUUUAAACACAUUAAUGAUUAUAAUUCUAAUUUUAGCAGACAGAUCUUUAUGCAAUUCCUCAUAGACUUGUAUAACAUUUUUUUAAAAAUCGAUGAAUUUUUCCUAAAUUGCAAGGACUUUUCUCUCCUUACGUACACAGGACCCAUGUUACUAACGAAUCAUCUUUACGAUGAUAUCAUGUAUUUGACAUCUGUGGUUGAAAACUCGGACGAUAUAACCGUUAGCCAAUAUGGUCGAGAAUACAUUGCACAUCUGGAAGAACUAUUUAAAAGGGAUAAAUUAAAAUUCUUAGCCCAUUCAUACUUAUUCUACAAAAAUUUUCAUUUAACAAAAGAGCAUUUACUGAAUAGUAUUUGUAAUUAUUUAAAUAUAAUUAAAAAGUUAAAAUCGUCGAGGUAUAUUCCUGAUGUAUCUAAUUUCGAGUUUUGUCUAAAUAAAAUGAGUAGAAAAUGGAGCAGGUGGGACAAAGACAAUUUUUUGGCUAGUCUUCAUGAUGCCACUGAUAAAAUGAUGAUAUUAACGAAGCAUUUUCAGCACGUUAAAAAAUAG